AUGGCUAGCCACUAUCAUUUACGUACCGCCUUGGGCCAAUCAGCCAACUUGGGCGCAUUGUAUGAUGCUCGCAAGGACAGAUUUCUUGGCCAGUCCAUUUUCUCUGAAGGAAUUCCGGGGGACGCCCUGGAGAUCACAAACAACAUGUCAACCAAAUGGGAGUUCACCAAGAACGACUCUCUGGAGGAACGGCUUUCAAAGCUGGGCCUCUCCGGUGAACUCGGUGUCAGCUAUCUUACGGACCUUGUGUCUGUGAGUGGCAGUGGCAAAUACCUCGCGCUUUCCCCUACCAUCAGCCGAAUUUUGCAAGCGUCUGCUAUCUGCACGACCCUUACCAAGCACCAACGGCUGUCUUUGGACAGCGAAGAGCUGAGGGGAGUUAUUGACGCCGACGCUUUCCAGUCAGAUGAGGCAACUCAUGUGAUCUGCGGCGUACAGUGGGGUGCUAGAAGCAUCGUUACUGUACGCAGCAAAGGCGAUACCACUGAAACUACAGAGAGUGUUGGCGAGGCCAGCCCAUCUGUCGUUGCCCUUGAGAAUAUCCUUGCUACCUUCAGCGACGCACACAGUGGCAGACCACCAGCUGCAGCUGGAGAGCUCACUGACAGCGCGGCUGCUUUUGAGUUCAACCUCAAUCUUGAUGUGCCUGCUGGGGGCGCGCUCCCAACCAAUCAUGAUGAGGUCUGCCAGUACAUCCACAAGCUGCCCGAGGCUUUGAAGAAAGUCGCAGCUGGCAAAGGCAAGGCUCUUUUUUACGAGUUAGUUCCGAUACAAGAGGUUACCAAACUUCUCGAGCUAGAAGCAGCUGCGAAUACUAUUUACGAGCCUCUGAAUGAGGAGAGCUUGAAGCAGGUUCGUGGACAUUUCGAGGCUUUUGAGAAAGCUCAACAAUCACUUCGAGACUACCUCGAUAAGCUGCUAAGCCACUCUUUCUGUGUUCCGACCAAACAUGUCCAGCUUGCUCAAGAUCAGAUUAAGGUCGCAGAAGAGGCCAGGUCAGCGCUGAAAGAGAGGCUUUCUCCCCGAAUCCAGAGGGUUCGCGGUGGUGAUGGCUCGCCAUCGGAUAUCGAUGAUGCAAUCUCCAGAUUUGCAGAGUCGGUGCAGAGCCCCGCAAGAUUAAUUUCCAUCACGUCUCUUUAUUCCGACAAGAUGUCUUUCGCGGAUCAGGCCAAACUGCAAGGUGCUCGUUACCUGCCUGAUGAUCCUGAACAGUUCAUGCCUAUGGUACAGGACGAUUCUGCGAGAGCCUACGUUCUUCAUUUCAGUGCGGCUGCCAUGAAGAGCCCAGAUUGGCAAGCAAAUUCAGACAAGUUAUUCGGCUUGCUGCACGAUCUUGACGCAAAAGGCCACGUCAUUAUCAUUGAUCAUGACCUUGGAGAACAACAACGACUUGUUGAGAAGCCCUAUAUCGAGCUGUGGGAAGAAGGGCAUGUCAGCAUUGCGGACUUCGUUGGGGAUGCCGAAGAACUUUCAGACAAGAGUCUUUUGAAGUGUAGGAACGAGGAUCUGAUAGAUUCUUCCCUCCCUACUGUGGCUCUCUCCAAGAGAAUGAAUGUCAUGCUUAUAUGUCCGAGCAAAACUUGCACUUCAAAGGAACAGGUUUCCUGGACUUGCCCUGUUUGCAAGGAUACCGUAUAUUUCUAUCCCAAGGACUCUAAGCUCUACUGCGGCUGUGGAGGUUACAAGUAUACGGACGCUGUGUUCAAUUGUCAGAACACUACGCACGGUCCUGAGUUUAUUGCAGCUCAAAGUAAUAGCGCACUCUUUGCUUCUCUCCAAGGCUGCAAGCCCACUGCUCAGUAUAACAUCUUGAUUCUUGGUGAGACAGGCGUCGGGAAGUCAACUUUCAUCAACUCAUUCAUCAACUAUAUCAUGUACGACUCGCUUGACGAAGCGAUGCUCAGAGUCGGAAAGGAGAGCGACGUUGAAAAGGAGUCCAAGGGAGGUAUUUCAGCCACGCAAAACACGGUGACAUAUGAAUUCAUUGUGGAUGGCAAGAUCAUCCGCUUAAUCGAUACCCCAGGUAUUGGUGAUACACGCGGCAUUGAUCAGGAUCAGAAGAACGUCAAAGAUAUCCUGGAAACUUUGGAGUCAGUUGAUAAACUAAACACGAUCCUGUUUCUUAUGAAACCGAACAGCGCGCGCCUUACCGCAACAUUCGACUUCUGUCUCACCGAGCUGCUCUCGCACCUCCAUAAAGAUACAAACAAGAAUAUUGUUUUCGGCUUUACCAACUCGAGAAGCACCAACUACAUGCUUGGAGAUACUCGUGAGCCUCUUGAAGCGUUGCUGAAGAAACGGAACACCAAUAUCCAACUGGGCCUCUCGACCCUGUAUUUCUUUGACUCGGAGAGCUUCCGCUAUCUGGCAGCGUAUAAGCAGCUCGCAAAGGAAAUGCCUGGCAAGGACAGCUUUGUUGCGAGCUGGGAGAAGUCAUCCGAGGAAGCGCGACGCCUUGUCGAGAGGACAUUUGUGCUUCCUACUCACGAAGUUAAGAUGACGUUGAGUCUCAACCGCACACGUGCAUUCAUUACGGGUAUGACAAAGCCGAUGCUUGAGUUCUCAAAGAACUUGCAGGAUAACGAAAAGAAGUUUGCCGCCAAGCUUUUGCGAGCAGAAGAUGCUCAGAUCAAACAGGCUCUUGCCAAGUUUGGCGUCUACCUGAACAAGAGCGCGAUGGUUGCUUUCAACGACACGACCAUUGCCUAUCUUGACUACAUGAUUCAGCAAGCCAAGAACGCAAGCGCCGUAGUAAAUCAAGUCGAGUACGAGGAUCUGAAGAAGGCUUACGAGAGCCAGAAGAAUCAGAUAGAGGCAGCCAUCAAGGCGGGCGGUAGCGUGGCACCCGAUGAGAAGGAGAUCGACCAAAUCAUCAAGAACCUCCAGAGCCUUCCACGAUCCAAGAACGCAUUGGCAUCAAUUCUUCCUGAGGGGACCGUCAACCCGACUGAGCACAGAUCCGUGACAGUGGAUCUCAAACCUAAGCGUCCGGCGCCCAGAAGCAAAGCAGGCAGCUCAGGUGGUUGGUUCCCCUCAUUUUCUUUCGGUCGUCAGAAGUAA